GGAGAUAUUACAGGGGACCCAGCCCGCAGCCACAGGCACAAAGUCACGGGGUAAUGAACUUCGGGGACCCUUUGCCGCUGCAUGCGCGGCUCUCCCCGGAAACCGGGACCUUGCCGCCUCUUCCCUCGGAGGAUUUCCCAGCAAUCUAGUUUCCCACUCCGCGCUCGGGUUCCGGCGGCGCGGAGCCCAUCUACCUCUGAGACUGCGGUUGUGUUUCCCUCUUCCCUUGGAAGACCAGCGGUCUGUAGAGAUCUGUCCACACUCUACAUUCCUAUGUAGAGGGGAGAGAUUGAAGACUAAGUGACAGGAAUGGGGAAAGAGAGGGAUUUUGCCCUUAUCGCUCCGUAGGAAGACCAUUUUCGCGUCUCCAUCUCUGUCCUUGCACAUCCCUCUCUUGCUGUCCUCCUCCCUUCUUCCUCGGUCUGCCUGUCCAUCUCUCCAUCUGUCCCUGCGUGUGUCCAUACCAAGCAGCAUUCCCAGCAGCUGCAGUUUUGCAAGAGCCGGGAAGAAACUUAAGAAUGCUUAAAUUUCCACUGUGGAACGAAUUCUGAGCGCCCAGGGAGCAUCGCAGCGAGCCACUGACACCCACCUGUCCGGCCCGGGAGCCUCGCAGGCUGGAGGGCAGCUGGAGAGCGGCAGCGCCCGGCGGCGAGGCGGGCGCUGCCGGCCGGGACUCGGGCAGCGCCCACCAACCGCUCCGUCCCGGGACAGCCAGCAUGAGCAAGCCCGCAGGAUCAACAAGCCGCAUUUUAGAUAUCCCCUGCAAAGUGUGUGGCGACCGCAGCUCGGGGAAACACUACGGAGUCUACGCCUGCGACGGCUGCUCAGGAUUUUUCAAACGGAGUAUCCGAAGGAAUAGGACGUAUGUCUGCAAAUCUGGAAACCAGGGAGGCUGCCCGGUGGACAAGACACACAGAAACCAGUGCAGAGCCUGUCGACUGAAGAAGUGUUUGGAAGUCAACAUGAACAAAGAUGCGGUGCAGCACGAGCGGGGUCCUCGAACUUCUACCAUCCGCAAGCAGGUGGCCCUCUACUUCCGAGGGCACAAGGAGGAGAACCGGGCGGACGCGCACUUCCCGUCGGCGGCGCUACCCGCGCCGGCCUUCUUCACCGCGGUCACACAACUGGAGCCACACAGCCUGGAGCUGGCCGCAGUGUCUGCCACCCCCGAACGGCAGACCCUUGUGAGCCUGGCUCAGCCCACACCCAAGUACCCCCAUGAAGUGAAUGGAACCCCAAUGUAUCUCUAUGAAGUGGCCACAGAGUCAGUGUGUGAAUCAGCUGCCAGGCUUCUCUUUAUGAGCAUCAAGUGGGCUAAAAGUGUGCCAGCUUUCUCCACACUGUCUUUGCAAGACCAGCUGAUGCUUUUGGAAGAUGCUUGGAGAGAACUGUUUGUUCUAGGAAUAGCACAAUGGGCCAUUCCGGUUGAUGCUAACACUCUACUGGCUGUAUCUGGCAUGAAUGGUGACAACACAGAUUCCCAGAAGCUGAACAAGAUCAUAUCUGAAAUACAGGCUUUACAAGAGGUGGUGGCUCGGUUUAGACAACUCCGGUUAGAUGCUACUGAAUUUGCCUGUCUAAAAUGCAUCGUCACUUUUAAAGCUGUUCCUACACACAGUGGUUCUGAACUGAGAAGCUUCCGAAAUGCUGCUGCCAUUGCAGCCCUUCAAGACGAGGCUCAGCUAACGCUCAAUAGCUACAUCCACACCAGAUAUCCCACUCAACCCUGUCGCUUUGGAAAACUCCUCUUGCUUUUGCCAGCUUUACGUUCUAUUAGCCCAUCAACCAUAGAAGAAGUGUUUUUCAAAAAAACCAUCGGCAACGUGCCAAUUACAAGACUGCUUUCAGAUAUGUACAAAUCCAGCGAUAUCUAAGCUCUCAAAGUACCCGCUUUUCAGGAUGGGACAGUGUCAGAUGAACUUCUACCCAUGGAGAGCAAGCCUCAACUAACAAACCCUUCAGGAAACACACACCUGGGAAUGUGUAGCCUUCAGGAAGAAAUGCCAAUUGAACGAAACAUUUCAGUAGCUACGACCUGCUGCCUCAACCAGGGUAGGGCGGCUGGGAAGGAAAGAGGUGCAACAGGACCACCUGCACACACGACUCACUGCUGCCGCGCCCUGGGAGGGGGCGAAUUGGGGGUUGCCACAGGCUGUGCCAUUCUGCCUCUUCCCCGGAAGAUCAGGCUCAACUGUCAAAAGCCGAAACCCAUGUAGUGCUUUCUUUUCCUUUUUUGCAUAUGAAGUUGGGUAACCAAAUGCAGCCCUGUGUAUAACAUCAUACUGCGGCCUUCAGAACUAUGUUAUGUUGAAGCAUUUAUUUUGAAAAUAAUGGCUAGGUUUUAAAGCAAAAGUAUUAUCAAAAGUGUCCCUCCUAUUGUAAUACAUGAUUAAGUGGCCUUCAGAACUGAGUUGAUAAGUGAAAAGUAGCUUAUGACAUGCGAUUUGCUUUCUCUCUCUCUCUCUUUCUUUUCUUUCUCCUUCUUUUGUUCUUUCUUUCUCCUUUUUCUUCUUUUUUAAUACCAUAGGCCAGGCAACCUUGUCAAAGGAAUUGGUGGACGAAAGUGAGAUUCUCACCAGGACUUCAGACUGCAUAACAUCUCAAACUAGAAGAGCUUUACUAAAAGACAAAAUAAAACACAAGUCAAGGGAGGAUGAAUAAAAACAGCAAAACCAAAUAAAGGGGAGAUGAGUGAUGGCGUGAGGGAGAUUGCUGUCCCAUUAACAUAGUGCUGAAACCAAAGGCAAUGGGGGUCCAAACUCAUGGUUCAGAGGGUCACACCAGACAGUCACCGAACACAGGCACAAUGCCGGAAGGAACUUCAAGGAGAGAAUGCUCAAUGGUUUCUUGGUUUGAUCCAUUGCUAACAGCCUGAGACUCUUCAAUGCCUUUCAGAAAACUCUGGUUUCUAGUAAAGCCUUGAAUGCACACGCACACACACACACACACACACACACACACACAUAUCGUCCCACACUAUAAGCUGCUCCUUUGGUAUGACUCUAUACUUAUGAAAAUGUAGAAACAAACGUUUUUAAAUAGCUGCUGUCCUUUUCACCUUUUGAUUUAUUAGGUACUAGCACUGAGAAAAAAAAAAAAUUCAGCACUUGGACUAUCAUAGGAUGAGUAAAACUUUUCUUGUACAAAGUGAAUUAACUGAUUUGUGAAGUUAAAAGGUUGUACUCAUUGUAUUUACAAAGAAUAAAAAUAUAUUGAAUCUAAAUGAA